AUGGGCCAUACACCCAACCUCUCUCUCCCCGCUCUCCUCCUCUCUCCCUUUCACGCAUACACAAUGGGUAAAUGCGAUAUUGCCCAGCGCACCCUCGUGCUGACUAUGAAAACGCUUGGUAUGGAACCUCGGCAGAUCUCUGAUAUCACGGAUAUCCCUACGGUCACCAUAAACACCAUCUGGAAUCGCGCAAUUGAACGUGGGUUUGACCCUAGACGGCAACCUUUAAUGAUUACGGAUGCAUAUGUGAUUGACGCACCACGCUCUGGUCGUCCAAAAAAACAAACAUCUGAGGUAUCAGCUAUAGCAUUAGCUAAUAUUCGUCGCGAUCGCUACGGCCGAGAGAAACCAUGUGCUGAUAUUGCCGGUGAAAUUAGUGCUGAGAUGAAUAUUAGCAUAUCAAUUAUCUCGAUCUGGCAAAUUCUGAACAACCAGGUUUCAAAAACAAAUUCGACACGCAAACCUGGCUUAAUAGCUCGUAUGCGCAUAGAACGACUAGCCUGGUGCCUUACACAUCGACACUGGACACUGGAGGAGGAUUGGAAGAAUGUGAUUUAG